CGACCGCGCAAAAUCUCGCACACGCACCACCCUCCCCCGCCGCCGCCGCCACGAACGACAUGGCCGCAGCGCUCCUGCUCCGCGGCCUCCGCUCGUCGGCGGGCCGGGCGCGCCCCGCCUUCCCCUCGCCGGCCUCGGCCCCGCCGCCCUUCACCUCCUCGCUCCUGCACCGCCUCUACUCCUCCGCGGCCGCGUCCGCGGCCAGCCCGCCCGCCUCCGCGCUGGGAGGCGUCAUGGACCCGGCCCGCAUCCGCAACGUGGCGGUGAUUGCCCACGUCGACCACGGGAAGACGACGCUGAUGGACCGGCUCCUGCGGCAGUGCGGCGCCGACAUCCCCCACGAGCGCGCCAUGGACAACAUCAGCCUCGAGCGCGAGCGCGGUAUCACCAUCUCCUCCAAGGUCACUUCUGUCUCUUGGAAGGAGAAUGAACUCAACAUGGUCGAUACCCCUGGCCACGCUGAUUUUGGUGGGGAAGUUGAGCGAGUUGUUGGAAUGGUGGAAGGGGCGGUCUUGGUUGUUGAUGCUGGGGAGGGACCUUUAGCACAAACCAAAUUUGUGCUUUCAAAGGCUUUGAAGUAUGGUUUGCGCCCAAUCCUCCUCCUCAACAAGGUUGAUAGGCCUUCAGUUUCUGAAGAAACCUGCAACGAAGUUGAGAGCUUGGUCUUUGAUCUAUUUGCUAAUCUUGGUGCUACAGAAGAACAGCUUGAUUUCCCAGUUCUUUAUGCAUCAGCUAAAGAAGGGUGGGCUUCGUUAAAAUUCACUAAGUGCCCGUCUGAUAGUGAAAAAAAUAUGUCUCCUUUGCUUGAUUCGAUUGUACAGCAUGUUCGUUCCCCAAAAGCGGACCUUGAGGCUCCAUUCCAAAUGUUGGUUUCCAUGAUGGAGCGUGAUUUUUAUCUAGGAAGAAUACUCACUGGGCGUGUAACCUCUGGAGCUAUCCGCGUUGGCGAUAAAGUUCAUGGCCUGCGCAUCACGGAUGAAGGGGUUCAGAAGAUAGAGGAUGGAAAGGUUGUCAAGCUCAUGAAAAAGAAAGGCACAAGCAUGGCAAUAAUAGAGGCUGCAGGAGCUGGUGAUAUAAUCUCAAUGGCUGGAUUGUCUGGUCCAGCAAUUGGACACACCGUGGCAAAUCCUGAGGUUUUGACUGCUCUGCCUGCAGUUGAGUUGGACCCUCCCACAAUAUCUAUGACUUUCGGUGUGAAUGAUUCACCACUGGCUGGCCGUGAUGGCACUCAUGUAACUGGAGCGAAAAUUGGGAACCGUUUGAUGGCAGAGGCAGAAACAAACUUGGCAAUUAAUGUUCUUCCUGGACCAUUGUCAGAAUCUUAUGAAGUUCAAGGAAGGGGAGAACUUCAGUUAGGAAUCUUAAUUGAGAACAUGCGACGUGAAGGAUUUGAGCUUUCAGUUUCACCACCAAGAGUGAUGUAUAAAACAGAGCGUGGGGAAAGGCUAGAGCCUAUUGAAGAAGUAACUGUCGAGGUGGACGAGGAGCAUAUCGGAUUUGUGUUGGAAACUCUUAACAACAGGAAGGGGGAAUUGUUGGACAUGGGCCCUGUUCCUGGGACAGUUGGAAGAACUCGGGUCUUCAUGACCUGUCCAUCUAGGGGUUUGGUGGGUGUUAAAGGAGUUUUCAACAGCUUUACACGUGGAACUGGAUUUAUGCACCGGGCUUUCCAGGCAUAUGCUAAAUACAGAGGUCCACUGGGCACUGUUAGAAAAGGAGUUCUGGUAUCUGUUGGCAGAGGAUUUAUCACUUCACAUGCACUCAUGAGUUUAGAGGCUCGUGGUACUCUUUUUGUCUCUCCUGGGAUGGAGACAUACGAAGGCAUGAUAGUUGGCGAGCAUUCACGUGAUAGCGAUCUUGAGAUCAAUCCUGUGAGAACUAAAGAGCUUACAAACAUCCGAGCUCCCGGGAAGGAUGAAAAUAUCCGCCUGUCUCCACCUCGCUUGAUGACUUUGGAAGAAGCAAUUGGAUAUGUUGCUGUAGAUGAGCUUAUUGAGGUUACUCCUAAGGUCAUACGGCUUCGGAAGAAAUACCUGGACGCCAACAAACGCAAGAUGAUGAAAAACAAAAUUGUGCAUUGAAGUUCCAAACUUCCAAUCACAUCUAGUACUGAUAAAGCCACUACGUAUUGCGUUAUCCUCCAAAAGGCAUAUCCGAUUUUGGCAUACAAGGCCUAUCCAGUUUCUACACGCGGUGGGAGGAAUUGUUCCGUGGGAUGCUAGUGACGAAUAAGCCCAAGGUUUGAGCAGCUGUUGUAACAAAACUGAGUGAGUGGGUUUGAGUUAGAAUUACCUUGCGAAGGUAUAGCAUUAUAGCUACUUAUAGCUUUUCUUUAUAGAGAAUUUUGGGGACACAUAAAAUAUUACCCUGGAAGGGUAUAGUGUUCUUUUGGUAGUCAAAGAAAAACAUGCCAAGGUACUUUGGUUGAACUGGCUACUUUUGUUGACACAUUUUGAAACGUCUUGUGAGAAAUUAAAGCAAAUAAAAUCUACAUGCUAACUACAGCAUUAACUGUAA